AUGGAAGAAGAAAAACAGGAGGAUGUUAAACCGAAGAUCACCCUCGUCGUCGAUUUCGAGGGGCAGACAUGCUCAGUGAAAGUGAAGCCGGGGAUGACAUUCAAGAAGCUUUUUGAGGCGGCCGAGGCGAGAACUUUCAAGUUCACCUUUACCGGACAGAGACUCCGUCCAGAAGAGACCCCACUGGAGCACAAUAUGGAGGACGGAGACCAGAUCGAUGCGCAUUUGCAGCAGGUGAGCCCCCUGGCCGUCAGUGUGUUGUAA